AUGGCGUUGGAGACAGAAUGGUAUGAUUUCGUGUGUUUUGGCAUAGUUGGUGUGGCCUUUUUAGGGGCCUUGUUGAUGCUGGGAAUGAACGAAGGGGCUUCCCAAAGGGACUUUGAGACCACCUAUGAGAGCCUUCUGUUGUCUCGACCUGACGAUGAAGUGGUCGUGGAUGUUCUGCCCAGAGAUCACGUCAGCACCUCACAGCUCUGGACAAGCUGUUGGCGAGGGCUGCACCCCUUUUGGCUCCUUUGUACCCGUUUCCUUUCCUUUGUGAUCAUGCUCCUUUUCUUGCUCUGGGAUGUUCUACUCUACGAUGCAAAAAUCUUUGUUUACUACACUGAGUGGACUUUCACAUUGGUUAUUGUAUAUUUUGCGUUGGGAACCGUUGCAUCUGCUUAUGGAUGCUGGAAGUUCUUCAAUAAAACUCACAUUCACAAUGGAGCAAAGGACGAGUUUCUGAGCAGGGAUGUGGAAGAGACAAUGCCUACAAACAUAAAUGCCUACCAAGAGAAAGAAGCCAAGGGUUCCAUCAAGUUGGAAAGCCGAUAUAUUGAAGAGGAGUUUCAACAAAGAGCAGGAUUUUGGGGUUACCUCAUGCAAACUACAUAUCAGACAUGUGCAGGGGCUGCCAUCCUAACAGACGUUCUAUUUUGGGGUGUUAUAGUUCCCUUCUUAUCAAUUUCUCAUCUAAGACUAAGCCCGUUGAUGGGAUGCAUGCAUACAUUGAAUGCAUUUUUCCUCCUUUUGGACACAGCUCUUAAUAAUCUCCCAUUUCCUUGGUUUAGAGUCUCCUAUUUUGUUCUGUGGAGCUGUGGUUACGUCAUUUUUCAAUGGGUCAUCCACGCCUUUGGUUUUACAUGGUGGCCAUAUCCCUUUCUCGAGCUUGAUAACAAGUGGGCUCCUAUCUGGUAUUUGUGCCUGGCAGUAAUUCAUGUCCCUUGCUAUGGCGUGUAUUACCUCAUGGUGAGAGGGAAAAAUGCCAUUCUUCGCAGAUUCUUCCCUCGAGCAUUUUUAAGGUCAAAUUAG